GGUGUUUCCCAAGAGCACGCCCCUCCCUGCGAUUCCUGUUGGUACACCAGACCAUUGAAACCCUGAUAUAUACCCACCCUUCGUUCUCCAUGGAUUCUAGAACGCGAAUGCGCACUUCUUCUGAAAGACCAAAGAACUUCUUAAAUUUUCUGUUUUCCUGAAUAACUCCAUGAGGAUUUUUAAUAAGUAAAUCUUUCUAGGCCUCUAGCGCGUACCUUUAAGCGGCCUGGAAACAUUGCAAGCAGCCGAAGAGGAGCGAGUCUGAAGCAGAAAUCCUUUCGGGAGGUCUGCCCACUAAAUCGCCUAACCCUCGCCAGCCUCGAGUGUAAAAUGCACACCUAAUACCGCGGCGAUGGUACUUGGGGAUGGCGAGGAUUGUAAUAGACCGCCCAGGGGAGUACGUAGGGCGGCGGACCACGGGCAGCGAGGGGACGCGAGCGCUCGCCAGAGAGCCAGGGGCCCCCGGCCCCCGCGCGCGGUCUGAGCGCGCCCGGCCGUGCGGAGGGUGCGUGUGCGCGCGGGGCGGGAGAGUCGGCAGCCGCACGCGAUCGAGUUGGGAACGCGCAGCGCGCGGAAGGUAAGAGUGAGGAGGGGUCUAAGGGCAGCCCUGAGGUUUGGGAGAUCCCGGGCCGGGUGGAGAGCUCGGCCUUGGGACUCGCUGUUCCGGGGACGUGCCCUCUGGGACACUGGGACCUGAACGGCCAGACCCAGAGGACGGCUGGGCGGUGCCGCCCACUCCUUCGGCCCUCUCCUGGAGAGCUGCUGGCGUAGCGGGACGAGUGGCCAAGCCCUAGGAUUGGGGCCUCCAGGACGAACAGAUGCUCCACCCUGAGAUGCAAGAUUUGAGUUUGCAGUCCUCAACUGGGAACAACUUUGUGGUUUAGCUUUCCCCAGGCGACUUAGGCAGAGUCCCCAGCAAAUCUGUUUUGAUUAAAGCAUGGGAUACAGAAAACAACAAAGAACUUCAGCUAGUGCUUUGGCCUCAUCUGAAAUGUUACAGUUUUCCUAGCGUCUUCGGAUCCGGCUGUCCUGUUGCCUCUUCCCACAGGCUGCUGUGUCAUGGCAUUCUCUCAGAGAGCCCGCCCCUGAGUGCAAAGAAAUUUCAAGCAUAUUACUACUGAGUGUUCAGUUGGUGAAAUAGAAGGUCUUUCACUCGGAGAAAAAUAAAUCAAGAAGAAGAACCUGAGCCACGUAUUUCUGAGCUGCUGUGGAUGGCCCUGGCCCCCUUGACCACCCUUCCCAGUAGGAUGUCACUGAGAUCCCUCAAAUGGAGCCUCCUUCUGCUGUCACUCCUGAGCUUCCUUGUGAUGUGGUACCUCAGCCUGCCGCAGUACAAUGUGAUAGAACGUGUCAACUGGAUGUACUUCUAUGAGUAUGAGCCAAUUUACAGGCAGAACUUUCGCUUCACCCUUCAAGAGCGUUCAAACUGCUCUCAUCAAAACCCGUUUCUUGUCAUCCUGGUGACCUCACACCCCUCAGAUGUGAAAGCCAGACAGGCCGUUCGGGUUACUUGGGGUGAAAAAAAGUCUUGGUGGGGGUAUGAGGUUCUUACGUUUUUCUUACUAGGCCAGCAGGCUGAGAGGGAAGACAAAGUGUUAGCAUUGUCCCUGGAGGAUGAACACCUUCUUUAUGGGGACAUAAUACGACAAGACUUUUUAGACACGUAUAAUAACCUGACCUUGAAAACAAUUAUGGCAUUCAGGUGGGUAACUGAGUUCUGCCCCAAUGCCAAGUACAUCAUGAAGACAGACACUGAUGUUUUCAUCAAUACUGGCAAUUUAGUAAAGUACCUUUUAAAUUUAAACCAGUCAGAGAAGUUUUUCACAGGUUAUCCUCUAAUUGAUAAUUAUUCCUAUAGAGGAAUCAUUUACCAAAAACACCGCAUUUCAUACCAGGAGUAUCCUUUCAAGGUGUAUCCUCCUUACUGCAGUGGGUUCGGUUAUAUAAUGUCCAGAGAUUUGGUGCCAAAAAUCUAUGAGAUGAUGAGUCACGUAAAACCCAUCAAGAUCGAAGAUGUUUAUGUUGGGAUCUGUUUGAAUCUAUUAAAAGUGGACAUUCAUAUUCCAGAAGACACAAACCUUUUCUUUAUAUACAGGAUCCAUUUGGAUGUCUGUCAGCUCAGACGUCUGAUUGCAGCCCACGGCUUUUCUUCCAAGGAAAUUAUCACAUUUUGGCAGGUUAUGCUAAGGAACACCACCUGCCAUUAUUAAUUUGACAUUCCACCAAAAACGGAGAGGAGGACAGGACGCUUGGUGGAGAGUGUCAGAGCUGGUGCUACAAAACCUUCGAUGGGAAGCUCGUGGGAAGGGCACUCUCCGGCCCACACGGAACUGAAACUCACGGAGAGCCCGUGGUCUAGACAUUACACAGUCACCCUCUGCUUGUGUUAUAUUUGGACAGUAAUCCAAAUCAGGCCCUUUGAAGAUGAUGUUGAGGAGAACUGAACAAAGUGUUUUGUUAAUAGGACCAAGCAAUUAGAACGUGUCAUUCUAUAGAACUUCUUAAAAGGGUUUCAUUUCAAUUAUAAGCUCAUUUAGUUCAUAAGAACAAAGCAAUGUGGAACUUUAUUUAUUGAAUAGUCUCAUUAUUCAAGGUUUUGUGUAUCUCUUAUGUGGAUUACCAAUAUUUAAAAAUAUAUAGUUCUGUAUAAAAAACUUAGAGUUAUACCAAACAAAAUUUCAUCUGUUUUGGUCAUUCAGGAAGUAUUUCAACAUGUGACAGUAUUUCAGAGUUAACAAUUACAAUUAUUAUUUAAUAUUGCUUAGAACUUUCUGGCUAUUUAAGUGUUAUGGUUGUUUCAAUACUGUAUGAACACAAUAGUGAACCACCUUUGCAUUUGGACUCUUUUUCCCUUACUUCACUGAUGAGUUAUUCAUGGCUUCAUUAAUGUAAGGUCAUUACUGUGUAUCCGUAAGCUCUUUGACUUCGAUAAACAUUUUACCGUGGUAAUAUAGAGAAGAAGUAAAGGAAGAUCUGAAUUAUUGUCCUGUUUUUAAAAAUACAAUCCCCAAUGUUUUUAAAUGUCACUUCGUCAGUCUCCUGUUCCGCCUGGGAAUUAGCAACAAUAUACAGAACGCCAGGCAGCGUGUUUCCUUUUGGGAAGGACUCCAGGCACACACAGCCCGAAGGCAACGAAGAGAGAGCUGCGUGCCAGUGCUGAGGCCGGAAAGGGGAGACUGGAGGUUUGAGUUGGUCACUAAUCUGCUUCACGUGUUUUCUCUAACAAUCGGUUUGAAAAUAAAGAGAGGAAAAAAACCAGUGCUGCUUCAUUGUUACUAGUUUCACCUCAAGAGGAAAGCCCUCGUGUGGUCUGAAAACAUCUGAUUUUCCUGUUGUGUAGGAGCACAUUUAUUUUUCCAUGGGAUGUAUCUUCUUGUUGGAUCUACUACUCACAGGUCAAAGAGGAGCACUCCUUGCCCCAUAUUUUUGGGAUUGUGCAGUUUCCUAUUAUGACUGAUACGGGACCACGGAUUCCUUUUUUUCUGGAUUACGUGAUGGCAAACAAUCAUAUCCUUUGGGAGAAAAUAGAAACUUGAAAGUCUGUAGUCAGCUCUAAGACACAGAUAUUUGAAACUCUUCCAUAAGAGAAAUUUGCAACUAGAACUGUUAUAAUGUGUGAUUCUCUAAAAAGGCUAUUUCCAUUUUCCUGGUCUCAGGCCUGACCCAGUUAUAAUAAAACCAAUUAAAUG